UCCGAGGUGUCCUUGGAAACUCCAAGAGCCUCAAGUGCGCUGCAGCCGGUCAGGGGUUUACACCUAAUGCAAAGAGCCCGUGAAAGAGUGAUGGAGGCUGAGGUUCGAGAUCACCAUGAAUGACAAAUACCACAAGGCAGCUCGGGAUGGCUACCUUGACUUGUUGAAAGAAGCGACGCGGAAGGACCUGAACGCUCCGGAUGAAGAUGGCAUGACACCAACCCUAUGGGCCGCUUACCACGGCAACCUCGAGGCGCUGCGGCUCAUUGUAGGGAGAGGCGGGAACCCAGACAAGUGUGACAUAUGGGGGAACACGCCACUCCACCUGGCUGCCUCCAAUGGCCAUCUCAACUGCCUGUCCUUCCUGGUGUCGUUUGGUGCCAACGUGUGGUGCCUGGACAACGACUACCACACGCCGCUGGACAUGGCUGCCACCAAGAACCACAUGGACUGUGUGCGCUAUCUAGACUCCAUCGCUGCCAAGCAGACAGCCCUCAACCCCAAGCUAGUAAGCAAACUGAAGGACCGGGCUUUCCGCGAUGCUGAACGCCGCAUCAAGGAAUGCGUUAAAAUGCAGCAGAAGCACCGGCGACGCAUGGAGCGUAAAUUUCAGAGGGAGGCAACGGAAGCGUCGGUCUCUGAUGCCAUGAGCUUCUCCAGCUAUGCCAGCAGCACCUUGAGUCGCAAACUACGCCACUUUAACACUGCCACAAAUGUGCCAUACUCCCAGGCUACUCUCCACGCCACAGCCAGGGGCAAAACGAAGAUCCAGAAGAAGCUUGAGAAGAAGAAGCAAGGUGACGGGACAUUCAAGAUUUAUGAAGAUGGCAGGAAGAGUGUCCGCUCUUUAUCUGGCCUACAACUAGGCAACGACGUCAUGUUUCUGAAGCAGGGGACGUACGUCAACCCUAAGGACCGAUCUCGUCGUAACAUACGUGACAUGUUCCCUAGUGACAACGAGGAUGCCGUCUCACGUGCCAUCAGCGAACCUGACCUGCACGGUCAUGAUGUGGACUACUCAGAGAUCAGCACAGACUCGGGCCAUGACUCGCUCUUCAACCGUCCUGGCCUGGGCACUAUGGUUUUUCGCCGCAACUAUGUGAGCGGUGGACUUUUUGGCAUUGGUAGCAGAGAUGAAGGCAGCCUAGCUGGCAGUGACCGGGUCGACAACGUGCGACUCCACAGCCGGAUGCAUCGCGUACCCAAUCUGGAUGACGACAGCAUUGGCAGUGCCCGUAGCCUGCAAGAGAGGAACAUGCAGGAGCUGCCAUGGGAAGAGGUGGAGUUGGGGUUGGAUGAUGAUGAUGAGCCCGACACUAGCCCUCUGGAAGUAUUUCUAGCCACGCAAAGCAUGAACGAGUUCAUUCCUAUCUUCAAAAGAGAAAAGAUUGACCUGGAUGCCCUGUUACUGUGCUCAGAUGAUGACCUUAAGAGCAUUCACAUCCCCUUGGGGCCCCGCAAGAAGAUCAUAGACACCUGUCAGCGCCGAUUGGAGACCAUUGAAGACCCAGGCUGUAUAGAAGACACUGAGUUGUGAGGCUCUGCCCUUAAUGUCUGUUUUUACCUCAGUGAAUGUUGAUGAAUAAGCAAAAGUUUACAGAACUGCUGUAUCAUUUACUUAACGGCCACUUUCCUGGAGAGUUUUUUCCUGGAAGUUUCUAGUGACUUUAAUUAGCUGACUCAGGUGUGUUUAAUUGUGGAAAUUAUGAAAUGGGCCAGAGUUGAGAAUCCCUGCUCUACCACAUUCACUAAAGCUGCUUUUUAUACACUUUUAUCAUUUUUUCAUCUCAAGGCUACUCUCCACGCAACAGCCAAGGGCAAAACUAAGAUCCAGAAGAAGCUUGAGAAGAAUAAGCAAGGUGAUGGGACAUUUAAGAUUAACGAAGAUGGCAGGAAGAUUGUCCGCUCUUUAUCUGGCUUGCAAC